GGCAAGAACACCAUCCAAAAAGCGCUGAUCUUGCAUGGACUCGUGUGGAGGUUGAAAGACAACCCCAAAGCCGGAACCUGGAGCGCUAUAUUCGCGUGGCACUUUCAAAGCCGCGCAGAUUCUUAUGGGAGUGUGGUAGUAUUGAAGGGUUCAAACAAGCCUUCCUCGAUUGUGUUGAAAGUACGCAACUUUACCUGUUUGCGGCCUUUGGAGGAUUGACGAGCCAUGAAGAUCACCAUCAUGUAUGGAAGGAAGGCCGCACGUUACGUCGCAAUCUCAGCGAUCUUGAUUUAAUGGUCAAUUUCGUGAACAGUCCUAAGGAUCCCUCGAGGCGAGUUCAAGGAAUUAUUGCGGACUGGGACAUAGCCUCAAAACUUGGCGACGAUGGGAAUAUUAUCCCUAGUGCUGCCCUCCACCAAAUCACAACUCCUUUCCUGUCGUGUGACCUUUUGAACGAAAGAUUGGCUUGGUCUCACUGUUAUCGACAUGAACUAGAGUCGCUCUUUUACAUCCUACUUUGGGCUGCAGUUCAUUAUGACCUGGAAAAUCAACUGCAUUACAGGACCGCUGUCAACAAGGGACGGGUUCUCCCAGCCCUCACACAAUGGACAGAUAAAUAUAUGCGACUGCAUAAACUUGUGCUCAUUUUGAACGGCACUGAAAGGCACAAAAUCUUCUCGCACAUCGGCCCGGAAUUUAAAACAAUUGAAACAGAUUGGCUUGAACCCCUCUCAGAGCUCUUCCGCCAGGCAUAUCGUGAACAACUUGGGUGGAAUCCGAAGCUCAACCCGAAUUAUAACCAUGCUACGUGUAACGGGAUGGUGACUUUUGAAACCUUCUUGGCUGCGAUGGGAGCAACUCCUUGCGGGUUUCCCGGAAUGGCUGAGUCGAUUGCUCUGUGA